AAACUUAAAAGUUUUUUUUUUAACGUUCCAAAGAACAAUAUGGAUUUCAAUAGAAAUACUAUUUCCACCGACAAUCAAGAUUUCCGGUAUGACCACUGUUAUUUUGACGAUUUUUCUAUCGGAUCGUCGGUAAGCGUGACCACAUGUGACAACAGCGAUGCCAGUUGGAAAAUUAGUAGACGUGUCGUUGAACUCGACACAUUGGCCGAAUCGCUUUCAGCAUGCAGUUCUUGCCAAGUGCCCAUGAAUUUACUUAACACAGUAGGAAGCAGGGAUUUCGGACAGGCAUGUGUUUUGGAAAUACAGUGUAGCAAUUGUGGUGCCAUCAAUAAUGUGGCUUCUGGACGGAAACAUGACAGAGUUUAUGACAUGAACACAAAGCUUGCAUUAGGCAUUCAAAGGACAGUGCAAGAAGUACGAGCGGGACCAACAUACUGUUCAAACAUAGAGGACCAAGAUGUUGAAGUUACAACUUUACCCCCACCUGUACCCAAGCCUGGUCCAGCAGGGCUAGACACUACUGGGAAGGAAUUUGUUUUCUUUGAUUUGGAAACAAGAGGGUUAGAGCGUACUUCUCACAUAAUUCAGAUAGCUGCAGUGCAUUCAACUGGUCAGUUUUCAACAUAUGUGAUGCCUGAGAAGAAGAUGUCCUUGAAAGCGUCAGAAAUAACUGGAGUGACAGUUGUUGGCGACUCUAUGCUUGUUAAGGGACAUAAAGUAACAGCUGUCCCCAUCAAAUCUGCAUUGACAAGUUUUAUAACAUUCUUACAGAAAUUUUCACCAGAAAUUUUAGUUGGGCAUAACAUAGAGUGUAUUUGAUUGUAAAGUGUUGCUCCAUGCUGUCCAUACUUGUGGAAAAAUGUUUGAGUUUCAGCAAAAUAUUUGUGGCUUUUUAGAUA